AUGAAGGAGAUGAAGGAAGAGGCGAGGCGAACUAAUUCGGCCCACAGCAAGGGAGCAAAAAGAACAGAACGCAGGUUGAAUGCGAUUGUCGUCUGGUUCUCAGUCGGUGAGGUGGAUGCGGUUUCGAUGGGAAUGGCACUUGGGCAGCGAACGACGGAGACAGCGACAACGACGAAGCAACGAGACAAGCAGCCACUCACGGGGGCGGGCAGCGAGGAAGGGGAAUAA